AUCUGGCACGUUUGUUGACAUUUGUGGCCCGAUUUUCUCGACUAAGCACGAAAUUAUGUCAUAUCUGUCACCUCUUUGAUCAUCAUAUCGUUCAUUAGAACCUCACGAAUCCGACAACAUGUUGGAAACUUUGGAGUGGCUCGAAGGGCCCGAGCUUGUCAUUGCUUUUCAACGCUUGUGUGGGAUCAUUCCGUGCCCGGCAAAAAAUGCCAAGCAAAAUGGAGUGGCAAAUGGAAGUGCCAAUGCAAAUGGUAAAGCAAAUGGCUUCAUGAAUGGUGAUGCAAAGCAUUACCUCCAGAAUGGUGAUGCUGGGGGACAUGGUGACUACACUAAUGGUCAUGCUUACAGGCUUCGAUCUAGGACUGUUGAAACUUCUACGGAGACGGAUGGUACGCUGAACGGGGACCCAGUUUCGCAGGAACUGACUGAAGAUUCUGCUGAAGACAGCGAGUCGUCAACGUCUGGCUCUGAGAUUGAAGAUGCCAAUGGAAAGGAACUGACAACAUAUGAUGUCACUAACUCAUUUCUGUACUAUUUAUUCUGUUUUGGAGCUAACCUUGGCAAUGAGGUGUUUUAUUGUGCUUUCUUUCCAUUCUGGCUAUGGAAUGUCGAUGGCUUCGUUGGGCGUAGAGUGUGUUAUAUUUGGUGUGCCAUCAUGUACUUUGGUCAGGCAGCUAAAGACCUCAUUCGUUGGCCACGACCUGCGUCCCCUCCUGUUGUUCGAAUGGAGAAAAGAUAUGAACUCGAAUACGGAAUGCCAUCAACUCAUGCAAUGGUCGGUGCGGCUGUCCCGUUUUCACUACUGGUCUUUACCUGGAAUAGAUAUGAGUAUGAGCAUGUGAUUGCAUUGGCACUGGCCACAGCUUGGUGUACACUUGUCUGUUUGAGCAGACUGUAUCUUGGGAUGCACACUGUGCUCGAUAUCAUUGCAGGACUCCUGUUUGCUGGGUUGAUUCUUGGCAUCAUGCACCCCCUAUUGGACACGCUAGACACCUUCAUCCUGUCGCACCCGUAUUCCCCAGCAGCCGUGAUUGUCGUCUCGCUCGCGAUGUGUAUAUUCUACCCGACGUUGGACAAAUGGAGCACGGCGCGUGGAGACACGACAAUGAUUCUUGCCGUUGGCGUUGGUGUUUGCCUUGCAUCCUGGGUAAACUUCCAAUGGGAAAUUUACCAGGUUACAACAGAUCUACCUCCGUAUGGCAUCAAAAUUCCGAAUGCCGAAUACUUCGGUACAAUGAUGCUUCGUACCAUGCUCGGUAUUGUUAUUCUUAUUGCAACCCGGACUGUGAUGAAAGCGCUAACAUAUCAUAUGCUUUGUUAUAUUUUUGGUUACAAGAAGGAAAACAGAUCUCUGCAGCAUCUUAUUGUUGAGUUGCCCUAUAAGUAUAUCACCUAUACCAUGGUCGCUUUUAAUGUUGUUUACUUUGCACCAGCGGUGUUUAGAUACGUAGGCAUUGAGAGAACCACAGUUCACACUGAAUAUUAGCCCAAUAAACCAAAUAUGGGUAUAGUGGGUUUUUGAAAAAUUGAGUAUGUGCAUGUAUUUGUAUCUUUUUAGGUUGGACUAAAUUUUUUUCAUUUUUUAAAGAAAGGACAGUAUUUUCCCUGAUCUGAGUAGAUUAAUUUUGUAUAAUUUGGAAAAUGCAACUCACUGACACUGGUAUCAAUUGGUUAAUUUUUAGGCAAGUCGAAAUCUUAGAUCCACUUAGUUCUUCAUCAUGUGUGUAGUGUGUCAACUAGCAUUUACCAACAGUUAACUGUUCAGUUUUCUCUCAAAACAUUCCUUUGGUUAUUAACUUCAGUUUGAUCGAUUGGUCAGUUCGAUUUAAAUUUUCAAGUUUCGAACUAUGUAUUUAGUUCUUGUUUGUCAAUAGUAGAUGAUUCCUUCAGUCCAAGUUGUAUUAAUGUAUUGUAUAUUUUGUUCUCAACUUGGACUUAGCAAGACUCAGUUAAACUGGAUAAGUUCAUUGGUUAUGCAUUUCAAUCCUUUUGCUUGACGAAAAAGGGGCUCGGUCAAACAAACCAAUUGCUAUAAAAUGCAAAAAUUGGUAUUAAAAGUUAACAUGUAAGAUGCUAAAUUUAAAAAUAGUUCAAGCCUUGUUGAGAGAUUGGACACUAGUCAUAGGGUAGACUGUUCAGUUCACAGUGCUAUCAAUUCAAGCAUUGCGUAUUUGCAUACACAUCAAUGGAGCUGGAGAUUAGCAAUUUGAAUAAAAACUUAUAAAAAUUGAAGAACCUAGAAUAGUUACUUUGCUGUAGAGAGUACAGAUGAGAUAGAGUACUUGUAUCGAUAAGAUCUAUUAGUCAACUUUAAUAGUGAGUGCAUGAGUUUCCUUUGGGACCAUGAGAGGAUUUAAAUUGACUGCUCAGAAUAAUUCAUGAACUGCAAUGGCGAAAAUUUGUCAAUAUUUUACCUCUUGCCAUGGACACUGCUAUUCAGUUCUCAACACAGUGCAUUCAUUAUCUCAUUGUUGUGGUCCUUUCAUGUUAUUCAAAAAUUCAGGUCAUUGACACAAUCACUGCUCAUCACUGGGUGUCCAUGUUUUAUGAACGGAUCACCCCAUCUAGUGAACAAUGAUGUUCCUAUGAGGUUGUUUAUAACAGUUUGGGCUUAUUUCCUCUGAGUAACCUUGCAGGUUGUACUCAAUUCUAAAUUCACGUCUCUUGAUAUGUCUGAAUUAAAUUCAAUUGGUUCUGGGUAAACCUUUUUGUUAUAUGUUUGAAUUAUUCCUCAUCCAGCUGUUUCUCGCAAUUGUUUAUUUUAAUGGUAAUCAUGGGUUGGUGAGACUGCCAUAUGCUAGACUGUUGAGUCAUUUGAAUUCGAUAUGCUCCCUUAGUAAUGACACAAGUUUUGGUCCCAAAUUGGUUGUUUCCAUUCAAUUCAAGGGGGGAGGGUUCAUAGUCAUCUAUGAUUCUGUAUUAGCAGUGGAUGUAAAUAGCUGUAUAUAUGUGGCUUAUUGAGCUUUAUAGACUGGCUGAAAAGAGCUAGUUCGCACCUGAUGUAUCGGUGAUUUCGCUAAUAUUGUGAUGCUGUUGUAAUCGCUACAUCAUUAUCACUUAGUAGAAGUGAUCAAGGUGUGAUUUUCUCCAAAAAAUCAGGGUCGAUUUACUCUCUACGGCCAUCAUUCGGCAUAAGUAAUAAUUUAGUAAGGCCUAUUACAUUUUAUGUUGUAGUUAUGCAUAAAAUUGGUUAUUAUUUAUGUGCUUGCUAGAUAUGAAAGAAUAAAGUAUUCCUGUGGUUGUUGCCUGUUGGGGUGAUACGAGCAUGAUUCUGUUCAACUCUUUAUCAGCCAUUACCCAGAUUUUGGCAACUUUUUCUAUUUGUUCAUAAUUUCAUACACAGCUGAUUGUAAGAAGAAUUUGAUGUGAUGUUAAUGAUUUCCCCGGUUUGCCGUAUUAUGCUAUUUACCAUAUGUAUAUGCUGUUCAAAAAGAGACUUAGUCUCAGAAACCUUACCAUUGAUCAUGUUAAAAAAGGUGGUCUUUGGAAUUCACUUGUGCGUACAAAACACUAUUAGUGCUAAGAUACCGUAUCACUUCAUAUAGCGAAAAAUCCAAAUGGAAAAGGCCUAAUUUUCUUUGCUUGACCAUUUGUAAAGUGCCAUGUAACUUAAAUGGAUUAUUUUACAAAAUAAAAUAUGG